UUAUUUAUUUUUGUUUUCCAAUGAUCUUCUAAAAAUAGGGUCAUCUCCCCAUAGCCACCAUUGAUCACCUACGUAGUCACUCAAAUUUGCAUGCUGCUUUUGAUGGAUGGAACCUCUCUUGCAACCCUUCUUUCCGCACAAUAUCUGCAAUCCUCUUCAGAUUCAUUUAGCACAAGAACUGAUUUGUAUUGCUUUGUUUUGUCCACAGUUCUACCCCCAACCUUAUUUCUUGUCAGACAAAGUUCAUCAAAGACGAUUAAAUUUUUGUGUUUAACUGAUUAUUUGUAGCUCUGUCCCUCUCAUUACUUUUGUUUGUGCAUCGUCUAUAUCACUUUUUAUAGUAUGAAGGUGGCGCUAUCAAAUCCUAGGCUUUUAAAUGGUGGUUCUGCAAACUGAUCAUCUUGAAACCGUUGUGUCCUUAAAGCCAGUUCCCGGACUUGCUGCUACUUUUGCAUUUUCAUUUGUCAAAUCAAUCCACGGGUAUCCUUCAAUCGAUAGGAACCCUCAACCAUCAAAUAGCUUCACACAGAAGUAAGUUGUUGGAGAGAAGUAUGGGGUUUUUAGCAAAUCGCGCUCCAUUCACCUGGCAAGGUGCGGCUGAAUUGGGUGGAAGUAGACUAGCUUUUCUUGACAGAACGCCGGCAGAUUGUGCUUCCUUAGGAAUCUCUAAAGCACUCUUUCAGGGCCAAAUUCCUGAUUUGGUAGUCAGUGGUAUCAACAUGGGUAGCAAUGCUGGAUAUCACAUUGUGUACUCUGGGACGGUAGCUGGUGCUCGAGAGGCGUUCUUAUAUGGGGUGCCUUCUAUAGCUAUAUCAUUAGACUGGUUGGAAGGUAGGAGCAGCAUUAGUGACUUCAAAAUCGGAGCAGAGGCUUGUUUGCCCAUCAUAAAUGCAAUCAUUGCUGAGAUCAAGAACAGAACCUUUCCUCAAGGAUCUUUUUUAAAUAUAGAUUUGCCAACAGAUGUUGUACAUCAUAAGGGUUAUAAGCUGACCGAACAAGGAAAGUAUAUGAUCAAAGUUGGGUGGAAGCAAAUCACCCCUAGCACUCAAGGCAGAAGGAGUACAUUAACCAUGGAUAUGGAGGCUGACUCAAUAAAAGGGUCAGAAAAGAGCUCAUCAACUCCAUCACAAGAACACCUUGUGUUCAAGAGAGAGGUAGUAGGGGAGGCAGAAUGUGAAGAAGAUACGGAUCUGGACCAUGCAGCCCUUAAAGCAGGAUAUAUUUCGGUCACUCCUCUCGGUGCUCUUUCUGCUGCGGAGAAAGGUGUUCAGGCCUACUUCAAAGAUUGGAUGGUAUGUAUGACCGAGCACCUGUCGGCGUCAGCCUUAUAAAGAGGAUAUUCUAGCAUGAUAGCUGCUGAUUGGGACCGACCACAGAGCAUAUAAGAUUGGUAAAAAUAGAUUCAUGUACGUAUUUCAUCUUCUGUCUACACCAUUAUUGGAUCACCUUCCGAGAUUGCUAUAGCCAAUGAAAGGUUGUGGCAAUUUGGAUUUGGUUAUCCAAGUCAGCAUUGGCUGUUUGAACUAUUUCCCAUUGUAUGCUACUCUUUUUUGUUUUUUUAAUGUGGGUGACAUUAUUUUGGAUUAGGUUCUUGUGGAUGCAGAACUGAACAUUUGGUUCUUCCUCUAUUGGGUUUGGGUAAUAAUAAAAGCAUUUUUAGGAA